AUGGAGGUCAUUCCAUUGCCCAAGUUAUUCAUCGAUAUCGUACAAAGACAGUGGGCGGCUCCUGUAUCUGGGCCCAGCCCAUCAACAACUGACAAGAGAUUCUACAACGUGGACCAGGACCUAGCUCAUGUCUUGCUAUUGGAGCAAGAUGGAACCCGGGAAGAGAGACGGAUUCAGUGUCCAGAUGAGAUCAGUGAAACAUCUUCAAUAACACAAAACACCUAUCAAGAACUUGAAAAUACUGAAUCAUCAUCUACCCUACAAGAGAAGCCACUUAUCAGCAUUCUCCCUACCACUCUCCAUACCACCACGACAUCUCCUGUGCCUCUCACCCCUGUAUCCAAUACUCCCACAGCAGCAACAGAAACCAUCACAACUGUUUCCGACCCUACCAUUGGAAUCAUUCCUAAACAUCCCAGUAUUGCUUCUGAUAUUACUUCCACGAAGCCUUUGCUUGAACUGCCCACCACUUCUACUCCUGUCACAACUGACUCAGAAUCCUUGCUUGAGCUUCUCACUGGACUUGAUGCAGUGAUAGCCGGGCAAAGUUUUCCUGAAUUGUUUACCACCAAACCUAACCUGUCAGAGGGGUCUUUCUCCCAGCACCUUAUGCUUGAUGUGCCUUCUCUGACUCCUGUUCCUAAGCUUCCUUCCACUUCCAACGCUAUGACAGCUACCCCAGUUACUUCUGUAUCUGUUGUCACUGGAUCCUCCUCUAAGCCUACCACCCCUCAAGCCACCACACCAUCAGUGGGUUCUGUUUCCACAAAUCCUGCCACUACUGUCGCUACAGUCAGUAGCCCAACUUCAGCAUCUCCUAGUCCUGUUGUCACUGUCACUGAAUCCUCUACACCAUCAGUGGGUUCUCUUCCCACAAAUCCUGCCACUACUGUUGCUAUAGCCAGUAGCCCAACUUCACCAUCUCCUAGUCCCGUUGUCACUGUCACUGAAUCCUCUACACCAUCAGUGGGUUCUCUUCCCACAAAUCCUGCCACUACUGUUGCUAUAGCCAGUAGCCCAACUUCACCAUCUCCUAGUCCCGUUGUCACUGUCACUGAAUCCUCUACACCAUCAGUGGGUUCUCUUCCCACAAAUCCUGCCACUACUGUUGCUAUAGCCAGUAGCCCAACUUCACCAUCUCCUAGUCCGGUUGUCACUGUCACUGCCACUGAAACCAAUACACCAUCACUGAGUUCUGUUUCCACAAAUCCUGCCACUACUGUUACUACAGUCAGUAGCCCAACUUCAGCAUCUCCUAGUCCCAUCACUGUCACUGCCACUGAAUCCUCUACACCAUCACUGGGUUCUGUUUCCACAAACCCUGCCAUUACUAUUGAUAUAGCCAGUAGCCCAACUUCAGCAUCUCCUAGUCCCGUUGUCACUGUCACUGCCACUGAAACCGAUACACCAUCACUGGGUUCUGUUUCCACAAAUCCUGCCAUUACUAUUGAUAUAGCCAGUAGCCCAACUUCAGCAUCUCCUAGUCCCGUUGUCACUGUCACUGCCACUGAAUCCUCUACACCAUCAGUGGGUUCUCUUCCCACAAAUCCUGCCACUACUGUUGCCCCAGCCAGUAGCCCAACUUCAGCAUCUCCUAGUGCUGUUGUCACUGUCACUGCCACACCUACAACUUCCUGUUCUUCUUCCCCUCCUUCCUCAUCUUCUACUGCUUCCACAACGUCUGUGCUAUCGACCAAGCACCCCAUCCGUAAAAGUUCUGCUCAUGUCUCGCCUCCUGCCAGAAUUGCUGGAUGGCCUAUUGUCCCAAUCUCUGCUCUUCUUGGGCAGUAUCCCUUGCAGCCUACCUCUGUCGUGCAGCUUCUUCUCCUUCCUUCUGGCUUUGGUCCUAGGAAGUCCAAACCUCAGACCAUCGCCCUCUCUUCUCUGCUUCCAUUCGAAGGAGGGCCUGCAAAUAUUUGGCAAAAGAUGCCUAAGCCCCCGAUGAACUCCCCAACGACUGCAAAACGGGAGACGUUCUUGCCAAUGAAAUCAUCAACCACUGCAAGAUUGGAGAACUCCUUGGCAAUGAAUGCUCCAACUGCUGCAAAAUUGGAGAACUUCUUGACGCAGCUAAAGGAUAAAAGAGUGCAACAGCUGCUGCAGAAAAUGCGGGAGUUGAUGGCUAAAGGGAAUGCCGUUCAGAAUAAGCUGCCUCAGAAGACUGGAGAUUUAAUGCCUGCAGAUGCAGAACAGGAUCCUUUAGAAAGUGAAGGUCCUAUAAUGCAAGAUGCAAAAGAUGGAGAGACAUCAGUAACUGAGAGUGUGGAGAACAAGAAGGAUGGAGUUUGUGGGUAA